AUGCCACCCCCAUAUGAGCAUCAGUCAAAACUAAUGCUGGGACAGAGGCGCCGGCUUGACACUGAGGACGGUGGUGCUGGUAAUGGGUCAAACUUCAAGGCCUACCCCCGGUUUACGCCAACCGCCCCCAGGGAAUGGACAGUUUCUAUUGCCGUGCCCACAAGCCUCAUCACAGACUGCGUAACACGAGAGCAGAGGACAACCAACGUCGGCCGUGUUGCGCGUGCCUUGGCCAUCUUUUCUGUGGAUGAGGUGGUCAUCUACGAUGAUAGUCCCACGGACAAGCGCAUCACCAACGCCGACCCAGACGCCUACACCGGCGACGUGGACCCGGCACAUUUCAUGGAGCACAUCCUCACUUACCUUGAGACGCCGCCCUUCAUGCGCAAAGUACUGUUCCCCUUGCACCCAAACCUGAGAUCGCAAGGUCUGCUGCCGAGCCUCGACAUGCCGCAUCACCCACACAAGGAUGAGUGGCUACCGUACCGAGAAGGAAUGACGUUGGAGCUCCCAGCGAAGGGAGGGAAGGGCACGGUCGUGGAUAUCGGCAUGCCCAACACUGUCACCAUAACCGAGUCGAUCCCGCCCAAGACGCGAGUGACCCUCAAAAUGCCCGACGACCCCUCUGGAACCCCUGAACCAGUACACCCGGCCGCACCAAGGACGGAGGACGGCUACUUCUGGGGCUUCAGCGUCCGCAAGGCCUCAUCGCUCUCCAACGUUCUCACGGAAAGCCCCUACGCCGACGGCUACGACAUGAGCAUCGGCACCUCAGAGCGUGGCAUGCCGCUGUCAAGCGCGUUUCCCGGCCACGAGCAAGCCAACUUCAACCACUUGCUGGUCAUCUUUGGCGGGCCGCGGGGGUUGGAAUACGCCGCAAUGAACGAUCCACAACUGGGUGAGAUGGGGAUCUCUGGGGCGAGAACCAAGGAGCUGUUCGACCACUGGGUGAACGUGCUGCCGAAUCAGGGAACGAGGGGAAUCAGGACGGAUGAGGCACUGUUGAUAGCGAUGACGGGACUCAGGAGAUUGUGGGAUAGCAGCUGA